UGCCUUCAUACCUUUUCUCCCCAUUACAAAUAACACUCCACACACAAACGUCUUCACUCUCCUCCUCCUCUGCUCUUCCCAUGGCGUUUUCUUCUCCCGCCGCUACUUCUUCCUCCACUAGACUCCUUUAUUCCUCCUACGCUGCUUCUCCUUCCUCUUCCCCUUCUCCAACCAUUUCCCUAACUCUCUCCUCCUCCUUCCUCCCUUCACUCACUUCCCUCUCCGUCGCCACCUCUUCCCCUCACCCCCUCCGCCGCGCCGCCUUCACCGUACGCGCCGCCAGAGGAAAAUUCGAGAGGAAGAAGCCUCACGUCAACAUCGGCACAAUCGGCCACGUGGACCAUGGGAAAACCACUUUAACCGCCGCUCUUACCAUGGCCUUAGCUUCCAUGGGAAACAGCGUCGCCAAGAAGUACGACGAGAUCGACGCGGCGCCGGAGGAGAGAGCUCGUGGAAUCACCAUCAACACCGCGACCGUCGAGUACGAGACAGAGAAUCGUCACUACGCUCACGUCGACUGUCCUGGCCAUGCAGAUUACGUCAAGAACAUGAUCACCGGAGCUGCUCAGAUGGACGGAGCUAUCCUCGUCGUCUCCGGCGCCGACGGUCCUAUGCCUCAGACUAAAGAGCAUAUUCUUUUGGCCAAGCAAGUCGGCGUUCCCGACAUGGUCGUCUUCUUGAACAAAGAGGAUCAGGUUGAUGACGCUGAGCUUUUGGAGCUCGUUGAGCUUGAGGUUCGUGAGCUUCUCUCGUCUUAUGAGUUUAACGGUGAUGAUAUUCCGAUUAUCUCCGGCUCCGCUUUGUUAGCUGUCGAGACUCUCACUGCGAAUCCCAACGUGAAGAGAGGUGAGAACAAAUGGGUGGAUAAGAUUUACGAGUUGAUGGAUUCCGUUGAUAGUUACAUCCCUAUUCCGACAAGACAGACGGACUUGCCGUUCUUGUUAGCUGUCGAAGAUGUGUUUUCGAUCACCGGUCGUGGUACUGUCGCUACGGGUCGUGUCGAAAGAGGUACGGUUAAAGUUGGAGAGACUGUUGAUUUGGUCGGGUUAAGAGAGACUAGGAACUACACUGUUACGGGAGUUGAGAUGUUCCAGAAGAUUCUUGACGAAGCAAUGGCUGGAGACAAUGUAGGAUUGUUGCUUAGAGGUAUACAAAAGGCUGAUAUUCAGAGAGGUAUGGUUUUAGCUAAGCCCGGAUCGAUUACUCCUCAUACUAAGUUUGAAGCCAUUGUGUAUGUGUUGAAGAAGGAAGAAGGAGGAAGACAUUCUCCGUUUUUCGCGGGUUAUAGACCGCAGUUUUACAUGAGGACGACGGAUGUUACUGGUAAAGUGACUAAGAUUAUGAAUGAUAAGGAUGAGGAGUCUAAGAUGGUUAUGCCAGGUGAUAGGGUUAAGAUUGUUGUGGAGCUUAUCGUGCCUGUUGCUUGUGAACAAGGGAUGAGGUUUGCUAUUAGAGAAGGUGGGAAGACUGUUGGUGCUGGAGUGAUUCAGACUAUUCUCGAAUAAAGGAACUAGCGGGUAAAGCGUUUCGCCAUAGCAAGCUUGUUCUUGUUUCUUGUAGUGUUAUAUUUUUGUGGGGGUUCCUACUGAUUCAGAAACUCUUUGAAAUUUGGUUUGCAAUUAGUUUUCUUUAUCAUAUUUUUAACCAUUUUCUGUGAGUAUUCAGAAUCAAAAUGUCAUAUAUUCUUCCGUUUGAAUCUCAAUUGUAGCUAGUCUUCAUAUG